AUGCUCCGCGAGCUCAAGCGCUCUCCAUGGGCGCGGGUACUCUACGUCGCACCUUCGCCUGCGCUGGGUCUGCACGUUAUUCAAUGGCUGGUAAUUCGUCUGGCUUCCGAGCAGGACCUGAAUUCAUGGGUCCACAGAGUCGGCCUGCUACAUAGCCCUUACGAAGCACCUGUUUGGCCAAGCGUCAGCUCUGGAAAGAUUGUUUGCAGCGCGCAAGGUGUGCAAGCUGGCCUGGGACAGUUCACGCUGGCCAUUGUGGAUGAAGCUCACGCUGUGUUCCGCUCAGAUGCAGCUUACGGCUGCUUGCAAGAGAUUAACUACGAGAAGCUUCUGCUUUGCUCGGAUGACUCGCAGUCCUCUGCCGUGGAACAGGCCUACCCGUCCUGGCCUGACAUCCAGAAGGUCAACCUGAGGGAGGUGGUGAGGAGCACCAAGCGCAUUGUGGCAGGAUCUGCAGCGUUUCGUCUUGAUACGAACAUGGCCACAGGUAUGGCCACAGCCCUUAGCACGGACGGUCCCCCUCUGAAAUCCUUCAUCUUCAGUUUGAAAGAGCCUUCGCGGCGCUUCGAGGAGUAUGCCAAGCAGAUCCUCAUGGCCCUCUGGCACGUGGUGCACACCUUUCCCGGAACGAGCCUCCACAAGCGCGUGGCCGUGCUUGCACCGGACGAUCACUUCUGCCUGAAGCUGCAGCCUCUCCUUCAACAGCGGCUGAAAGACGAGAUGCCACAUCGGAAUCUGUCUUUGAUGGACUUCAAGGAGUCGUUGAGUUCUCUGCCCGAGCAGCUGCAAGCAGCCGGCCCCGAGCCCAAGGAGCAUCUUAUCCUGGACUCCAUGGGCAACGCAGAGGGCUUGGAGCAGCUCGUGGUGAUUUGUGUCGGAUUGGAUGCACCCAUUCGAAGUAGCAGCGUGGAUUUGGAGACACGCGCGCAGUUAUACAAAGCCCUGACCCGGGCCCAGAUGUUGUCAAUCAUUGUGAACGAGCAUGUGGAGGGUGGCUGGCUUGAGUUCCUAGGUACCAGUGGUGCCCUUUUGCCCUUUCUAUUUGGUGGUUUCCUUAUUGAAGCUGAGAAUUUGCAAAAAGGGUACCCUUAUCAUUAA